GCAGUCGCAAUCUAAUCGUUAAGAUAUGACAACAUACGAAUAAAAUAUAAACUCCAACAUUUACGCUUAAGAUCUCAAUAAUGCAUUACUGUUGUUUAAUUAUUUACGCCAUUAUCCUGCUGAUUGGCAUUGGCAAUUGUAAAACUGACGAUAGUCCGGGGUUCUUUUUGAAAAUUACCAAAAAUGUACCACGUUUGGGUCGAAGAUCGGAUAAGGAAUUUGAAAGUAGUUUUUUGAAAAACUACAAAGCCAUACCCAGAAUGGGAAGAAGUGUGGAAAGUGCGGACAACUAUUCCUCUCUCACUAACUGGUUGAAUGAACAAUCCUAUCUUAAGCAUCUCAAUAAACGUGUGUUAAUGACUCCUUCACGCAUUUCCUCGCCCGAACAUGAACUCAGUGUGGUGCAACCGGUUAAUUCUAAUACUCUAAUCGAAUUGAUUGACAAGGAUGCUAUACCCAGUGAUAAUGUUAAGUUUGUUCAUUGGAAAGAUUUCGAUCGUGCUCUACAAUUGGAUGUUGAUUUAUAUGGAAAAGUUAUUACGUUAGGACGUCGGCCCGAUCAACGUUUAAAACAGGAUCUUAAUAUUGGCGGUUAUAUGCCAAUAUUUGGUAGAGGUUUGGGUGAAGAUGAUGGAACUGAUUAUCUGCUUUAUAAUCAAGCUGGCAUUCAGGAGGGGAAUUUUAACUCUGAUAUCUUGCGUUAUAAUCGUGUUUAGUUUAUUGUGGUAAAGCAAAUGGAUUAGAUAAUUUCAUUAACGGUUUAUUAUAGGUUGGUGAUGGUGAAUAUUUAGUAAAUAAUUGUAUUUGUAAAUUUUAAUGAGAUGAGAUCUUUAUACAAGAAUUCUAGUCGUAAUUGUAAGUCAAAACCAAAUCCAUGGAUUGUUAUAUUUAUGUAUGAGUAGGUAUUGUUCUUAUAUUGAAUAAAGUGAAUUUUGCAUACUAA